AUGGAUCCCCUAGACUUCAACGAAGGCCGGCUAGAGUGUACAGUCAACCACCCUCAGAAAGAGAACGACGGGACCAAAGACGCCUACAUCUCCUACCUAGUAACCACACAUAGCGACUUCCAAUCCUUCUCACGCUCCACCUUCUCCGUGCGGCGGCGCUUCACCGACUUCGUCUUCCUCUACAAGACCCUCUGCCGCGAAUACCCCCAAUGCGCCGUCCCGCCGCUCCCCGACAAGCACAAGAUGGAGUAUGUACGCGGCGACCGCUUCGGGCCGGACUUCACGCACCGCCGCGCACACUCGCUGCACCGCUUCCUCAAGCGGCUGACGCUGCAUCCUGUGCUCCGCCGCGCGCAGCUGCUGCUCCUCUUCAUCGAGACGGCGGACUGGAACUCGAUCAUGCGGAACCGGCCGCUGCGGGCGAGUUCGAUGUCGGAGCCCGGGACGGGGGGCGUGUUCGAUAGCUUCACGGAUACAUUUCUCAACGCAUUUACCAAGGUGCAUAAGCCGGACAAGCGCUUCAUCGAGGUGCGCGAGCGGGCCGACAAGCUCGACGAGGACAUGGCGACCGUCGAGAAAGCCGUCGCGAAAGUAGCACGACGGCAAGGAGAUCUCGAGUCCGACUACGCCGACCUGGCGACGCAGUUCCAGAAGCUCAUCAACCUGGAAUCCGGCGUCGAAGGGUCUCUGACCUCCUUCGCGAGCAGCGUGGAGACGACAUCCCAAGCCUUUAAGACCCUCAAGGAACACACGGACCAGAGCUACCUCGGCUCCCUGCGCGACAUGGACGCCUACAUCCUCGCCAUAAAAGCGCUGCUCAAAACCCGCGAGCAGAAACAGCUCGAUUUCGAAGGCCUGACCGACUAUCUCGCGAAAGCAGCCUCGGACCGGGACACCCUCGCCUCGCAGCACGGCAGCUCAGGGCUCGGGGCCUCAGGCUUCCUGCGCAGCAAGCUCGAGGACGUGCGCGGCGUCGACCACGAGCAGAGCCGGCGCGACCGCGUCCGGAAGCUCGAGCUGCAGAUCGAGCGGCUGACGUCCGAGGUCGAGAGCGCGAAGAAGACGACCGAGGCGUUUGAUGAGCAGACCAUGACCGAGAUUGCGGACUUUGAGCGUAUCAAGGCGGUCGAGUUUAGGGAUACGUUGGGCGAUCUCGCGGAUGCGCAUAUUGGGUUUUUUGGUGAGACGAUCAAGACGUGGGAGAAGUUUGUGGAGGGGAUGGAGAGGGAGGGGGUUACUGCGGCGUCGUAG